AUGCCGCCUCCUUCCUUCACGAGUCAGUCUGCGUAUCAGAUCAAUGCACCGCGUGCGACCAUCUCACUCCUGAAAGAAGCGACGCAGCAGGUGUAUGCGCUUGUUGAGAAGGGUGCGAUUGAUGGUGCGGCGCCUGCCAUGCCAGCGAUCCAUGCGCUGCUGACCGAGCUCCGCCUACACGAUGAGGGCCUAGAUGUUGACGUGAGCGUAGAUGCGCCGAGUCGGUCGACGGCUUGUGAAGCGGUAGCAGAUCGAUUCCAGUCUGAUCUGAUGGAACUUUGGGCGAACAUCACCGACAAGUCUGUGGCCUUACAUGCGCUCAUGCUGCAGACACUCGAAGCAUCGGCACUUCUCUUGGGCCCAGCACGUCUUAUGGCGUACUGGCCAGACGCACUCUUGUGGCCAGCGCUGGCGCUAGAGCUCCUGAGUGCGGCGGACGCUGCACGGGUGAACCGGCUGUGUGUGUUUGUGAUGCGCAGUGUUCCCAUGUCUAUGUAUGAGGAAGUCCUCACAAACGCACAUGCUAGUAUGCAUGCUAAAGUUAGCCAUGCGACGCCGGGCACAAAACUUCAUGCAGCCACCGGCGCACAUGGCAAUCCAGAGGCCGGUCUUGACAAGACUAGCGGUGCAAGUGUCUCUGUGUCCAGUGAGAAACCAGCGUCUCUCGCCGCGAUUGCGUCGUCAUCAAAGCCCAUACUUUCGAGCGCGUCCGCUGCAUUCACGGCGGCCACUGCGUCCUUGUCAUCCGCAGCUUCUACGGCCGCCACAACGUCCACCACACCCACGCCGUCCACAACAGCACCGACGGCCUCCGUGGCUGUGUCGCACCAGGCUGCAGAGGCUAUGAAAUUCACUCAACUUGUCUUUGACUUGUUUGCUGAUCGACCCGCGCACCAAGGGGCGACCAUAGCGCCGGCCUUGCAUCACUUGGAUGCUAUCCUGUCGCUGUACAGUGAGUCACGGCCCAUGCCGUUCCUGCACCAUGUUGCCACGACCCUUUCGCCCACACGCGUGGGCAUCUUGAAUGCACUGAUCCGUUUUGUCCAGCACCAUUCUAUGCACAUCUACCACAUCACAUCGACGCACCUGAUGGACAAGCUCUUCACAACACUUAUGGAACUGGAUUCUCCAGCGUGUCUGCACCUCGGCAUCAAGUGCCUUGUGAUGAUUUUACCUCACAUACCCGCAUGGCUUGCACGGAACGGCGCCGGUGGCCUUGCUCACUUGCUGCGUGUGUAUGCGCAUGUGAUCAUGUGUCUGUCAUCUGCAUCUACAGCCUGCAGCGAUACGUCACGUCAUGUGCGUUUGCUCUUCACCAUGAUCUAUGGGCUCUUUCCAUGUCAAUUUCUGUUCUUCCUCCGCUCGCCAGCCUCCUGUCUCGCGCAGCUCGGUGAUCCAGAGGCGUGGGACGACGCGGCGCUGACGUCCAAAGUGCAGUCGCACAGCUUGGCCUUGCUGCAGUGUCAUUUCGUGCAUCCCAGCCUCGCGAUGUACGACGCGUCGAGCGAACAGCGGUCUCGCACGUGGCAGAGUCAGGAUGUGUCCGAUCUCACUGCUCGAUGCCUUCGGCUGUAUGCGCCGCCGCCUACACAGCACGACAACGAGCGUGAGCCACCGCUGCCGAUCACAGCGGAGUUGCCAUCUACUCCCUAUGACGUCCUGCUCGUUCAAAACGAGCUCCGCUUCGAACUGUACAUGAAGGAGCAGCUGCUCAUGCACAUCGGGCACCUGCACCGUGAUCGCAUCACCGAUACCGCCAGCGAGGCGGAGCACCAGCAUCUGCAACACACUAUCCGCACGCUUCGUGCGCAAUUGCAAGGUAUCAAUGCGCGCUUUGAUCGGCAGCGUGCCGAGAUGCAAGCAGCCAAUGCGCGUCACAUGCAGUGGGAGCGCGAGCUGAACGCGAAGCUGAAUUCGUACCGAGAUGAACGCCGCGCAUGGACAGUGCGUGUGCAGAAUUUGGAGCGCGAGCUCGAGCAGGCGCGCAGAAUGACCAAGUCGCAAGCGGACGUCAUUUCCAGUAUGGGCGCACGGCUCUUUACUGCGCAAUCUGACCUUGCGAUGGCUGCGCCGAAACUCGCUCGUUUGCAACGAUAUGACGCGUCUGUCCAUCGUCUGGAAGGGAGCUUGAGUGAAUGGGAAGACAAGCUGACGAUCCUGGACCAACAGCGGGAGGAAAUGAACAAGCUACUUCUUCGUUUCCGCGGGAUGGAACUGGCUGUCGUGAACAGUGAGCGCAGCGCUCGGCAGCACAGUCAGCUUGCCGAAUCCCUUUCGUUUGAAAACGAGCAGCUACAGCGCGAUUUGCAUGCUCUUCGAACUAAGCUCUUGCAGCAACAUGAGCGUGUCCAAGCGCUCGAGGAACAGAGGCUGCGCGCUCUGUCGACGCCUCAGGUGUCGAUGGAUGACGUGCGUGCACUGCGGUCGAAGAACGAGCAGCUCGAGCUGGAGUUGCUUGAUUGCCGUGCGCAGCUUGAGCUCCGGGCACUCGAGCAAAAGCAGUGCGAGCCCCGAGGCCUCAUGACUCCCUACGCUCACGAGACGACGCUCUUUUCUCCCAAUACAUUGCGCACACCGCAAGACGCGUCUCGAGAAGAAGACCAUGUGCCGCCGCUUUCGCUCGGGCCGCCUGCUCAAUAG